CGCUAGAUCGAUGAUAAUCUUAUCUAUAAAUACCGGUGCAUUUCGUCAGUAUUAAGAGUUUCUUUAAUCAAGAUGGUUGUACUUUAUUUCAUAAGUUUGUCAAUUAUACUUUCUCUUGGAUCCUAUGGAGCCAAUUCAUUGGAGCCAAGAUUUGUUGGUAGCAGAGUGGUUUCCAUAAACGAUUAUCCUUAUCAAUUGAGCAUUUAUUUUGGACGAAAUGACGUAUGUGGAGCUUCUAUAAUUGCUCCAAAAUGGGCUAUCACUUCAGCCUACUGUUUAAAUUUCAAGAAUCCAAAGAUGGUGAAUCUUCGAGCUGGAAGCAAUGAAACUCAAAUUGGUGGUAGAGUUUAUAAAGUAUCCAAUUUCGUCAUACAUCCAAAAUAUAAUCGCAGUAGUCAUGAAUAUGACGUUGCUUUAUUGAAUUUGACGACGCCUUUCGUUUAUGGAAAAACUGUUAGGCCUAUUUCGAUAAUACAAGCUAACAAGAAUGUAGCAGGUGGCUCGCCAGCUGUCAUCACUGGUUGGGGUUAUAUUUCAAACUCUAGUCCAGCGUUCUCCCAAAUUCUUCGAAAAUUGGAUUUGCCAAUUCUCGAUUCUUUGCUUUGUAAAAAUUACUAUGGAAAUAAGUUCAACUCGAACACGAUGCUUUGCACAAAAGAUGAAAUAAAUAAGAAAGGCCUCUGUGCAUCUUCUGGUUAUCCAUUGACUGUGAACGGUACUUUGGUUGGCAUUUAUUCUACGGGAUAUGGAUGCACGAGUACACCAACAAUUUAUACGAAAUUGUCAGCACAACCUAUUCGAUCCUGGAUCAAAUCUGUUACACGCAUUUAAUAUUAAAAAAUUGUAUACAUUUAACUAAUGUAGACGUUUUACUUUGAUUAUUGAGUUUAAUCUUAAAUUCAUUAGCAGAUAUAAAUAAAAAUUAAAAUAAAGAAGAUUUUUUUUCAAAUGACAAAAAUAUA